UCACAGAAGUUGCUAAACAUAAUCAUGCCAUUUGGGUUAGUGUCAGCUUGGAAUAAGCGAAGAAGAAGCAAGUCGGAUGAUCAUCUUGAUCCAUGGCUUUAUAGACCUGCGGAAUAUUGGAAACUUGAAAAUGAUCAAAAGGUCCAAAACCCGCCUCCCAAAAGGAGUCAUGGAUCAUCAGUUUAUACACUGAAGGAAAUGGAGGAGGCUACUUGUUCUUUCAGUGAAGAAAAUCUGCUGGGAAAAGGAGGAUUUGGCAGAGUUUACAAAGGGAAGCUGCAGUCUGGUGAGGUUGUGGCGAUCAAGAAAAUGGAGUUACCGCCAUUCAAAGCAGCAGAAGGGGAGCGUGAGUUUCGUGUUGAGGUUGAUAUUUUGAGCAGAUUGGAUCAUCCAAACCUUGUUUCUUUGAUAGGGUAUUGUGCAGAUGGGAAGCAAAGGUUUCUAGUUUAUGAGUACAUGCACAAAGGAAAUCUACAAGAUCAUUUAAACGGAAUUGGGGAAAAGAAGAUGGAUUGGCCUGUGAGGCUUAAAGUGGCAAUUGGAGCAGCAAGAGGACUUGCUUAUUUACAUUCAAGUUCUGCUGUUGGAAUUCCUGUUGUACAUAGAGACUUCAAAUCUACCAAUAUUCUUCUGGGCGAUGACUACGAAGCCAAGAUAUCAGAUUUUGGUCUAGCAAAGUUAAUGCCAGAGGGUCAAGAAACUCAAGUGACAGCGAGGGUGCUAGGUACUUUUGGCUACUUUGACCCUGAGUAUACAUCGACGGGAAAACUCACCUUACAAAGUGAUGUUUAUGCAUUUGGUGUCGUUCUGCUUGAGCUUAUGACUGGGCGUAGAGCCGUGGACCUCAACCAAGGACCCAACGAUCAAAAUCUUGUACUGCAGGUUAGGCAUAUAUUGAAUGACAAGAAGAGGUUGAGAAAGGUCAUAGAUCCAGAAAUGAGCCGAAGCUCAUACACAAUUGAGUCAGUAGCAAUGUAUGCAAACUUGGCGUCACGAUGUGUGCGUGUUGACAGUAACGAAAGGCCAUCAAUGGAAGAAUGUGUGAAAGAACUCCAGAUAAUCAUCUAUACAAACACUAAAGGCUUGGGCAUGGCAAUGCACGCAUUUAGAAUGUUAUGAAAAUUUGAUAGAUUUGUUUUCCUUUAUAUUUCCAGAAUAAUUAUUUUUUGUUCUUAUAAACAUGUAUAGCAUAAUACUAUUGGAAA